AUGCUUAUCUCAUGGACGGACAGUCUGACGGCAAUUAAGGCGUCUUGAGUGAGCGCAGUCAGUCAUCACAUGGACGUGUUGCCAUGCCAGUCAGCAUCUAACAGAGCAGCAACAUACCGUGCAGCACAGCACCAGCACCCACCAGGCAGGCGCCCAACCCUCCCUCCCAUACACAGCCACACCCAUCCAUCCAUCCAGCCAUCAAACCAUCAAACCACGCAUGGCAUGCUACUAGCAGCAUUAUCACAUACAUACAGGCAACCAGAACCAACCAGCAAAACCAUCGCCCCUAGCUGGACACACAACACACACGCCCCCAUUGGUGUCUGUCACCAUCAAUCAUCACCCACCACAGGCGCCAACACAUACAUACGCGCCUGGAUUGUCUGUCUGUCUGUCUGUCUUACCCACCCACCCGCCACCCAUGCAUGCCGUGAUCGCAGAAAUGGAUCCAUCCAUCCAUCAGUUCGUCAACCCAUGCAUCCCCCAUCUUUGUACCUACCCAUCAGCCGCAAGCAAAGCCAGCUGAUUGGUUGACACAAACGUCCAACCCACACGAACAGCUUAUAUACACCUGUCUAUGCACUGCACACACACUCACACGCCAGCCAGGUCAGUCAGCGAGGGUGUCAGUUAGUUACCAACCAAAGCCUCCCUCCCUCCCCCCCCCCAGCCCUGUCUGUCUGUCUGUCUGUCUGUCUGUCAGUCAAAACCGCACGCAAAAGCAAGUAGGCAACGAAAAAGGGCUAGCUACAACGAGCGAGCGAGACACCCACCACACUCACUCGCUCAAAGGCUCGUUCGGUGUCUCGGUGAGGCGGGCUCCGACAUGAUGUGCAGCCCAUCGUCAUUGUCUGGCUGUGUCUGUCUGAGUGCCAGCAGGACCCGCUCGAUGCGCGCCAGUUGCUGCACCUGGUCAGAGAAGAUCCACGUCAGCACUGACCGGGGCGUGAGGGGCGGGGGCUUCAGGUCCAGCUGGGCGAUGUACGUCAGGUGCAGACGGCCGUCCGGCUCCCGCCUCGCAUGCACGCCACCCAUCUGCAUGGCAUGGCAACACAAUCCCCACGGCACACAGACAGACACAGAUGACGGGUGGUGAGAGGGGAGACAGACGGUCGCUUCCUUCCAGGAUUGCGUUGCGUGUGGUGGUACCAGGAUGGAGGCUCGCGUGGCCCUUUUCUUGGGCGUCAUAAGCAGGCUGUCGGGGACGAGCGGACCCAGAUCGACGGCAAGGAAGAGCAUGCUGUCCUUCUCCUGCACACACACACGCACACACACGCGCACGCACAGAGAUUAUAAUACACACAAAUGGAUUGGUGCUUACUGACCUCGACGACGUGUGUGAUGUGGGCGAGGACUCGGUUGAGGUCUGCGGGGAUGGCACUCUUGUACACCUGCACACACACACAAAACACACGAAUGAAGGCCGAUUGAUUCGUGACUGCACUGGGUCGAUCGACAGACAGGUGACCAUACAUACCUGGUAUGUCAGCCAUGUGUUGGCAUCAACCUCCGCCACAUGAGUCCCUGCAGUGAGUGCAGUGACCGACACACAACACACACGCGUGCAGUGCAGUGCACCCCUCGGUCAUGUCAUUGCGUGUCGCGUGUGAAGGAGGUACGCCUGACCUCCCUCAAACAGCCAAGUCUACACACACACACACACACACAGAGAGAGAGAGAGAGAUAUGGACAAUUAGUGUGAUCGAGUCCUGUUCGCAGCCAGACAGAGGGGGAUACCUCGAACUCGUGUCUGUAGAGGCAGUUCUUGUCGACGUAUACGGUCCGCAGGUCGCUCAUGCAGACAUCGGGCGACUUCAUGACGUACUCGCCCCUGAUGAACGGCAAGGGGGACGGGCCACUGGGGUCGCUGAACGUCCACAUCUGGCCGUCAGGCGGGCAGCCCAGGCAGGCAACACACCGCACACGGGAAGGAAGGAGUACACACCAGGGCCGGGCCGGGCGGGUGUCUGUCUGUCUGUCUUUAUGACUCACCGCGACUCCGUUCUUGGUGGACUGUUUCUUCCAUGGCGUCGACUGGCUCUUGAGCAGCUGGAGAUACCGAUCCUGACCAGACUUGAUCUGACGGCCGGCCCACACAAAAGCAUGUCACCAUCCAUCCAUCGGCUCAUUCUGCCUCCUCCCCGGUUGUUUCUCUCCCGAACUCACCAGUGCGCGGAUGUCCUCCACCUUGACUUUGGCGGUGGGCGCGCCCUGGCUUUUCCUGUCGUGGGCCACGUGUGGUUCUUUCGUACUUUCCCCUCCGGGCCUUCUGAACGCGCCCCCCUCCACCUGGCCCCUCAGCGGCCAACACGCGGGCCAGCAUACCUCAGACCUGUCGACGACUGGUGGCUUUGGCGAAGGGGCCUUGCUCGGCGACCGCCGGCCACUCACUGGCGUGGUGAUGGGGCCGAAGAGUGAGUCGGCCUCCCACUGCUCGCCCAAGUCGUGUUUGUGCUGCCUGGUCUUGGCCCGCGCUCGGCGUGAGUGGAUGAUGGACGCCACGGACGCCUCGAGGGAGAAGGAGCCCAUAUUGGGUGUGGAGGGGGCGCGGUGCAGGGAGGAGUGGGGCGAUGGACCCAGAGGAACGGAGCCUGAAGGACGACAAGAGAUGACUGACGGCAUGGUGCGUGGCAAGGCAACCUAGUAUGUGGAGUGAGUGCAUAUAUCGUACCCGCUGCUCCCCCUGUGGGGCUCGAUGGCUUCCCGCCGGACGAACUAGAGUCAUCCGAAUGGGAGGCCGCCUCCCACUCCUCAUGGUGGUGCGACCCGGCAACCACACAUGAAGAACAGGCAGCGGUGGACAGCGAGGUGGAGAUGCUUCGGGACGACAAGACGCUCUGCUGAGAGGGCUUGCUCCUCAUGUGGGCAGCAGCCGUCUCGGCGGCACAGCCGUCCACUCCCUUCUGGCGUUCCUCUUGAUCCGCGGGCAGCGAGUGAUGCGAUGGCGAUGAGGGCAGGGUGGGUGCCCCGUCCGACAAUGUGUGGUCGUCAGCCUCAUCGUCGGUGCUCUCAGCCGCUGUCGCCUUGUCGUGGCCCCGUCGCCAGAAGGAGAAGACGCCUCGAGACUUCUUGGGACGGGGCGGAGGCCUGCGCCGCCCAGACCUACCCCUCACCCCCUCUCGGUCUCUUGUCGCCUCCGCUCGCCCAUCUGCCGGCUUGGUCUGUUCGCGCGUCGGAGGGACGGGGAGUGGCACGGGUUGCGGAGACGAAUCAAGGUCUCGUCGCCUCCCCUUGCUGCGGGUGGUGGGAUGGGAUGCCUCCCGCCCCUCCAUUCUGGCGUCACUGCUGCGGUGCCGUCUCCUCUGCGUGCGUCUCUCCUCGAUGCGCAUGUACGUGUCCACCAGCCCGUCGAGCAGCGAUGUCAGCCCGCCCUCCGUGCUGCCCUGACCCCCGCACACUCUGCCGCCCUCUAGCAGCGGCGAGCGAUCCCCAAGCAGGUCCACCACAGGCGCCGUGUCGCGGGAGGGGGCAGGGGCGGGGGCGGGGCGGGGGGUCAUGGGAGACAGCCGACCACCUUCCCUGGGAGACGGAUUAAAGCUUCUCUUCCUCGCGGACGUCCGUUUCACAUUGUCGGCCGCUUCGCCACGUCCCUUUGGCAUGGCCGAUUGCUGUUGCAUUGGCGCCUCCAGAACGUCGCUGGCGGUAGACACAGAGAAGACGGACGGUGGCGAGCGGCGUCGGGCAGCGUUGAGAGCACCUAAGGGGUAGGAGGGGAGGGUGGUGGUCUCCUCGUGGCAGCUACUUGCACCGGAUGCGGCCUGCUCGCGGGGCUGAGCGUCAGUCGCGCCCAUGCUGAUGCUCACGACCUCCAGAUCUGGCGUUUCCACAGGCAAGGGCAUCUGGAAGUCGCAUUCGUCCUCUGCGAGCUCGACCGCCCACCCGUCUCCACCGUCUCCUCCCUCUGUGUGUCCCACCACGGAGUCCAAAUGAGCCUCAAGUCUCCCCUUGUCGCAUGCAACUGCUGCCGGGGACACCUUCUUGCUGGCCUUCCGGUGCCUCCGCUGCAUGCAGAUCUUGAGGAUGGCGCAGAUGGCCAGCCCCAGGCAAAGCUGCUGGCCGGCGGCCAUGAUGAGGCCGGCCACGAGGAGCCACACGGCAAAGGGCUUCAGAGGGAAUCGGGCGAUCAGUUGGUGCUCCAAGGUCGGCACACAGGCGGGAAGGGGGCUGGAGGCGUCGGUGAUGGAUUUGCCGAUGUACAGGGGAGGAGAGGCCUCGCAUACUCCGGCACAACUGACAAAUGGAUGGAUCCAAGUACGAGCAGAUUGAAAGACACAUGGCCCCAAUCAGUCUUUGUCUUACCCCAAUUCCGUCUCAGCGAUCUUGGCGAGCUUCAAGAAGUGCAGAAUGCGCUCUGUGGUCACGCUGUAGCCCACCAGUGACAUCCGGUACUGCUGCAAAAAGGCGUUGUUCGGAACCCUCCAAUCACCCUUGCCCAUCUCCAUGGAGUGAACCGCCCUCCUCAACCCGCCGGCAUUCCCGUCACGCACAGCCUCCUCCCCGGCGCAGUCGAGCAGGUUGAACACCCCUUGUGGCGCACAGACCCCCAUGAGGUCGUCAUGCGCCUGGUGGUACCAGGCCGUGUAUAGCCAGAGUGGCCGGUCGGUAGACGUAGAGGCGAGGGCUGUGUCGUGGGGAGGGGAGCCGCAUAGCACUGACGGGGGAGAGGGGGAACUGGUGGGCAGGUGACGGUGUUCGGAAACCUGCCAGGACAAACCAAGAUGCAGAAUACCACGUCACUCGAAUGUCUGUAACCAGGCACAAUGGCUGUGACUGACCAGUACGAGCACCGCUAGGGCAGCGGUGCAGGUCGCAAGAGCCGCAGGGAUCCUUAACAGCGUGGUUGUCAAAAAAACGGCCCCGCAGCUCCAUCCACUAAAUCGCCCUCGGGCGGUCCUCCGCCCCUCCUUGUCGGUCACAUUGGCUUCUCCCGGCUGGGUCAGGCUCACAGCUGUCGAUGAUGCGGGUCGCCUGUCUAGAUGUCCGGUGAGCAGGAGGCUGGCAAUGUUGAUAGCAGUGACGGCGAGAGAGAUCCCGAGCCCCGCCACAACCGCAGCAUAAGGGAUGGAGUUGAGGGCCAGCACCAGCUUCAACCACAGGGGAAUCAACAGUCCAGCGAUAAAGAAGGUAAGCAAGACCACGACUUCGGCAAUGUAGCCGAGGCAGCAGCAUAUCGACAGAAUCGUCACCCGCCGCAUAGGUCCGGCAGCCGAAGCCACACGAAGUAAGUGUCACUGCUUGGGAAGGGGAGGGCCUUGUGGCCGCCUUGUGUGCGUCGUGGGCUCGUGCCCUGACCCUCGCCUCAGUCGUCG